UAGUUAUAGAUGAACUGACCUCCUUACUGUCUGUGGAGCUCUUAGAUUAUAUAUACAUGUACUAUUAAACAGGAACUCGGAAUGUUUGACCCAGAAAAUGCGAAUAUUUGAGACAACUAUAAUGACCACUAGAUUUUGAUAUAUUCGUCGUCAUUCACCAUUAAAUCAGAGCAAUCAGCCAUUCGUUCAUCGUUACGACCAUAUACAAACAAUGGAAAGAAGACAAUCUCAAGGAGAAUACCCUCAGUUGGUGCCAUUUGAAGCAGAAUGGGAAGUCAUUUACUCUAAUAACAUGGAGACUGCCUAUCGAGACCACGCAUGUUUAGCAAGCAACAAUCUCGCUGCUAUGUAUAUACCGCGCUCGACACUCCUCCCAAUAUCGGUUGAGCAAUCACCAACCACCUCCUCUUUCAGUGACCUCAGCUGGCCUGCUUUUACAAACUCUCAGAGCUCACUGACUAAUAUGUCACAGUUGAGUUCUACCAGCGCCUCGAAGGAGACGCCUGCAGAGCAGCUCAUUCAGGCACAGAAAGAGAGACACCGUUCUAAAAUAAACGAAAGAGAGAGGAUCUCAAGACAAGGGAAGCAAUCCUUGAUGCAAGAAAUCAAGUCUUAUCUCCCAGCUAGAGGCACAAAGAGACGUAGGAUCACAGACAAAGAGGCACUCGAAUGGUGCAGAGAUCUCGUGGUAUGCGUUAACAAGCACGAUGAUGGUUGCCCUUGUAAAUUUGAGCCAAGAGAUGGUGAUAACGCCAAAAAUGACAGGUCGAGUGCUGUUACUUUAUGAAUUACCUUCUGGAUGCGAAGUGUAAUCUUAUCAGAUAUCUCAUUCGCCUUGAAAUACCUCAAAAUUAGUUGAGAAAAUACCAUACAAUUAUACACUUGUAGUCUUACAAAUACGAUUUCCU